AUGGAUGGAAAACCUUUUCAAUAUGUAUCAGGUUCUGCACAUUAUUUUAGAAUGCCAAAUCAAUAUUGGAGAGAUAGGUUGAGAAAAAUCAAAGCAGCAGGUUUAAAUGCUGUUUCAACCUAUGUGGAAUGGAGUCAACACGAAAGGGUUCCAGGUGUUUAUGAUUUUGAGGGUGAUUUGGAUGUUAAAAGGUUUGUUGAAAUGGCACAAGAAGAAGGUCUCUUCGUUAUUCUAAGGCCAGGACCUUAUAUUUGCGCCGAAAGAGAUAUGGGAGGUUUACCAUAUUGGUUAAUGACAAAACAUCCCGAUAUACAAUUACGAUCGAGUGAUUUUUUCUACACUUACUACGUACAAAGAUGGAUGGAUAAAUUACUUGGAAAAUUUACCGAUUUGUGGUACGGUAAAGGAGGUCCAAUUAUUUUAGUACAGGUUGAAAACGAAUAUGGAAGUUAUCACAGUUGCGAUUACAAUCAUACUUAUUGGUUAAGAAAUUUAUUUGAAAAACAUGUUGAUUAUAAUGCCGUCCUUUUCACAACGGACGGUGCUUCUAGAAAUUUUUUAAAAUGCGGUAAAAUUCCAGGAGUGUAUGCCACGGUGGAUUUCGGUCCUAAUUCAAACGUUAGUAAAAUGUUUGAAGCGCAAAGAGAAUUUGAACCCUCGGGACCCUUGGUAAAUUCCGAAUAUUAUCCAGGAUGGUUGACUCAUUGGGGUGAAAAAAAACAUGCGAGACAGGAUACGAAAGACGUCGUUAAAACUUUGAGGGAAAUGUUAAACGAAAAAGCAAAUGUUAAUUUUUACAUGUUUUACGGUGGGAGUAAUUUUGGUUUCACCGCUGGAGCCAAUCAAUUCGGAUCGAUUUAUCAAUCGGAUAUAACGAGUUACGAUUAUGAUGCUCCGAUAAGCGAAGCUGGAGAUUUAACGGAUAAAUAUUAUGCGAUAAAAAACGUUUUGGAAGAAUAUUUUAAUUUAACAUCAAAUAUAACAGUAGAAACUCAUGAUAAAGGUGAUUAUGGAGAAAUAACGUUGAAAAAAACGGCAACAAUGUUCGCACGUAAAAUAAGAGAAAAAAUGGGUAAAUUUCACGUUGAACAUAGACCGUUAUCGUUUGAAGCUUUGGAACAAAAUUUCGGUUAUGUUUUAUACGAAACGACCAUACCUUCCAGUUUUGUUAAAGGACAAAAUUCUAAAUUGGAAAUAAAAAAAAUUCGUGAUUUGGCACACGUUUAUUUAAACGGAGAAUUUGUGGGUGGUAUGAGUAGGGAAGAACGUAAAACAAAAUUAAAUUUAACCGUCGAAAAUGGUAAUUUGGGAAUUUUGGUAGAAAAUUUAGGAAGAAUUAAUUUCGGAUCGAAUAUAAACGAUCAAAAAGGUAUACUAUCCAAAGUGACGUUAGAUGAUACCGCAUUAUUUUUUUGGAACAUGACAGGAUACGAAUUAAAUGAUGUAAAAACGAUUGAAAAAUGUUUCGAAGAAAACGACGACGAUUGCAUGAAUGACGAAGGUUUUGUUUUUUACGCACAAAAAUUUAAACUACCAAAAGAAUCGUAUGAAAAUGAUGAAAAAUUACUCGAUUCUUAUUUAGACGUGUCUCAUUUAACAAAAGGUUUAGUUUUUAUAAAUGAUUUUAAUUUAGGUAGAUAUUGGUCUACGAGAGGUCCACAAUAUACUAUUUACGUCCCUGGUGUUUAUUUAAAACCCUAUCCUCAAGAAAAUUUUAUUGUUAUUUUAGAUGAAGAAAUCGUUACUGAUAAUAUAAAAGUUAAUUUUACCAUAAAUCCGAUAUUCAGUUAA